CAAAACGCGUCAGUAAGGUCUCGCGACCCGUGUGAAACGGACGUGCGUACGCGCAUGAGUUAGUGACCAAACAAUGGAUAAAUAUUGGAUUUACAUCGCUCUCUUAUCAAUAUCCUUCAGUGUUGAAGCGCUACAGAAGGAAGGUGAACAUUUUCCUGAUUAUUGGCAGGACGAUUCAAAUUACGAUUGGUAUAGCGAUGAACUUGAAAAACUUGGCAUCCUCAGCUCAGAAAACAAAGACACUGUAGAUGAGAAUAAAAUACAAAAUGAUGUAGAGGCGGAGAAUGAUCGCAAAGUUGCUGAAGAAAUAGAGAACUUUAGAAGUGAUAUCGAAGAUCAAUUCAACAUUGAUUCUGCUGAUAUCGAUUUAGUAGAUUAUCAGAUUGAAGAUAAUCGAUCUGAAGGCGAGGACGAUGAAAUUGCUGAUAAAAAAGAGUCCGAGGAGAAUUUAGAUGAUCUUGAAGAUUUAGCAGCAGAUGUAGCUGAUUUGAAUCGAAUUAAAGAAUCACUUGAUGACAGCAAAGAAAGUAAACAUGAAGUUAAACCAUUGAAUCCUAUUAAAAAGUUUGAUGCAGACACAAAUGAUAUAAUUAAUAAUGCAAAAAACGAAACAGAUGAAAUAAUACAAGAAACUAAAGAUAUUUUAAAAGAGGAUGAUGGUAAAAAUGACUUUUUAGAAGUUAUACCAAUAAAUCUGGAUACAUCUAACUUAAAUGACACAUUAGAAGAAACAAAGAAGAUAUUGAAUAGUACAGAUGACAGACUGGAUGAAGAAGUAAAGAAAAUUGUACCUCAAGAAGAUAUGGAGAACAUUUUAAAAGUCGACGAAGAUAAUUUAAAGAAUUUCAAUGAAGCAUACGAUGAUAUGUUAGCUUGGAGUAAAAUGGCAGAUAGUUUGAAUGAAACAGAUUUAUUUAAUGACACUAUAUCUAACGAUGAAAAAGAAUUAGACGAAAUUUACAAAGCUUAUAUAGAUUUAACUGAUGAUUAUGAAAAUAUAGAUGAUGGCCAUUUAGAUAUAUUACUUGAUAAUAAGAAAUCAGAGCAAAAAGAAUCUUUCCCUGAUGACACCAGAUCAGAAGAAGAAAGCAAACAUAAAACACACCCAAUCGAGUAUCUAAACGAUGCAUUGAACGCGAGCGAUGGAAUAAAGAACCCAGACGCUGAAAUGAUACCAGAAAUUGAAGUUACAAAAACAGAAACCAAAGACAAUAAUGUAGUAAAUUCAACAAUAACUGAUACAGAUUAUAACUAUGUCAUCCAAUCGGAAUACGAUGAAGUAUUGCAAAAGUUUAAACAAAACCAUAGUGAAGAUUUUAACUCCAAAUCGGAGAAUUUCGACAAGCACAUCGCUCCGAUACAUAUAACAUUAAGCGAGGACCCGGUGGUGGUAACAUCCCCUAAUUAUCCAAAUUACUACCCGACUAAUAAUAUCAUAGAUUGGAUAUUCUAUGGAGAUGGAGAGGGGAUUGAAUUUAAUAUUACUGACUUUGCUGUCAACGGCCAUGUUGGAGAUUAUCUUUUGGUAAAACCAGGUGGAGUUGAUUCAUCACAUAACAAUGGUCUAAUAUUCUCCUAUACCCUGGCCACUAAGCGUCAGUAUCUCUUUUUGGAUGUAAAUCGUAUGUUUGUUCGUUUCGAAGCGAAGCCUGGAAUGCAGUUCAUGAGAGGUUUCAGUUUUAGCGUCAAAAUACUUAGACAUAGUACCUUCGACAACGAACCAGAGCCGAGUCCUGAGCCGAUUCGACCUCUGCCACAUUCGAUGAUCACUCUCAACCUGGGAGGCACAAAUCUGGACAAUUUCAACGACCAACAAGUUGAGGAGUUCCGCCAGAUUAUCGCGGACAUGGCUACUAUGUAUAUCAAUGCAAAUAACAUCGACCACGGACUUAAUACUACGUUAGAAGCCACACAGAUUGUAAGCAGGGCGCAGUGCUUCCACAACUGGCCCAAGUUCGAACAAUGCGUGGAGAUCAAGUUUGGCGUAUCCUUGGAGUAUGAUGAUGACCAGGAGCCCAGGCUGAACGAGGAGGACCUCACCAACAUGUGGCAGACUUACUUCGAUCAAGAUCCUUUCGCUGCUCGGCUCAGGAGAAUGGGUAUUACGGAGUACCAGGUGCCAAACGACAAAGGCGUACUGAUGGUGUGGCUGGUGAUCGGCUGCGGUGUGGCCAUCUCUGUCGCCAUGCUCGCCUUUGCGCUCUGGAGGUUCAGCUGUUUCGAGGAUUACUCCAGGAUGCCAAGGUUCAGUGAUUCAGACAGUAUCCAGGAGAAGCGCGGUCUGGACCUGUACCCCACUCCGCACCAGACUCUGCCGCCGCUCUAUGAGCAGGACUACAAGUGGGCACACAACACCUACCUUGACUCCACCAGAGUGGACCUGGGCGGGUAUGCGAAUAAGAACUACCUGGCAGAUGAUGGCUACGGCCUUGACUCUGAUGAUGAAGUGGCUGAUGCUAGAAAUAGGUACACUAGUGACGUGUAGCUGCUACAUAAAAUAUCGUAUUUUAUUCAAUUGCAACAGGCACAUCACUCCAAAGGAUAUUUACGUGUGAGGCUGACCAAAAGGUAAUAUAAUUAGGUACAUGUGCACCGAACAACGUAUAUCUCCGGUACAAAUAAAUUUGUGCCAUAAGUGAUUGUAAUAAGAUCGAAAUUGUAUAAAAGGUGACCACAGUAUAGGUUUAAGUUUAAGAUAAAUAUGUGAUUUAUAUAUUAGUGCAUAUGAACGUACAUACAUAUUAUACUUUAUAACAAUUAACUUGAGUAUAUUUUCAUAUUAAAAUUACAAUGGAUUAAUAUUAAAAUGCCAAAGCAAAUAAUAUUUGACAUAAACAUCGUUAACUUUGAGGUUAUAAUUUAAUUUUUAAACAUAUUGGCAUUUUUGACUCUAAUGUGACGUUUUAGUUUUUUUUUUAUCAGUAAACCAAAGCAAACAGUUUUAUAAACUCUUAGGUAUUUAAAAUUUAUUUAAAAAAAGAACAGUGAGGAUUUUAAAAUAUUGUAUGC